GGGAAGGGGUGUCCUACAUCAGAGACAUGAUCCUGUGCUGCCGGGGAGCAGCUCCUCAGGACAGGACAGAGUGUGGGUGCCUAGAGGUGGGUCCCCAGGAGCAUCGGACAGGUCUGACCCCAUCCUCACAUCUCUGCAACCCUCUUGCCUCACUGGCCACUACAGUUGGGUGGGGAUGUGGCACCCCGAAGGGAUGGCACCCUAUUUUGGGGGGACACGUGUGCUCCAAGACAGCCGCGUAGGGACGUGUUCGUCCGCCUGGCAGGGAAGGGGUUAACGCCGGGAGGGUUUUGGGGUGCCGGGGUGUCCCCAGCUGGGUACACCCAGGCUGCUCCUCGCACGGGUGACCUCACGGCACUGCCAUGGCAACGGCUCGUGAAGUCACCGCGAGCGGGGCGGCUGCUUCGAGCGUGGGGUGCUGGGAUGGGAGCGUGGGAGGCAGCGCCGCGUCCCCCCCGCUGCCGCUGCCCGCGGCCCCCCAGCAUGAGCUGCGUCCCCGCCAGCGCCGACGCCUCCGCCUGACCCCCGUGCUGCCGCCGUGCCCGUGCCACCCUGCCCGUGUCACCAUGCUCGUCAAGGAGUACCGCAUCUGCAUGCCGCUCACCACCGAGGAGUACCGCGUGGGGCAGCUCUACACCAUCAGCAAGCACAGCCACCAGGAGAGCGAGAAGGGCGAGGGCGUGGAGGUGGUGAAGAACGAGCCCCACGAGGACCCCGUCCACGGCCCCGGCCAGUUCACUGAGAAGCGUGUCCAUCUCUCCAGCAAACUGCCAAGUUGGGCACGGGCGGUGACCCCCCGCAUCUUCUACAUCACCGAGAGGGCCUGGAACUACUACCCCUACACCAUCACGGAGUACACGUGCUCCUUCCUGCCCAAGUUCUCCAUCUACAUCGAGACCAAGUACGAGGACAACUGCGGGGACAGCGAGAAUAUCUUCCACAGUGACAAAAUCCUGGGCGACCACGAGGUCUCUUUCCUGGACAUCGCCUUCGACGAGAUCCCUGAGCGCUACUACCGCAGCCUGGAGGACCCCCGUUUCUUCAGCUCGGCCAAGACGGGCCGGGGCCCGCUGCGGGAGGGCUGGCGCCAGCACACCAAGCCCAUCAUGUGCUCCUACAAACUGGUGAGCGUCAAGUUCGAGGUGUGGGGGCUGCAGACGCGGGUGGAGCAGUUUGUGCACAAGGUGAUCCGGGACAUCCUGCUGAUCGGGCACCGGCAGGCUUUUGCCUGGGUGGACGAGUGGUGCGGGAUGACGAUGGAGGAGGUGCGGCGCUACGAGCAGGAGACGCAGGAGGCCACCAACGAGCUCAUCGGCCUGGUGGCACCGGCCAUCUCGGUCAGCGAGGUGGGGCAGCCCACGGCCACGCACUCGGCCCCUGCCAGCGCCCCCUCCACCCCCCUCAGCGACGAGGCCCCCGAGUUCCUGGCUCCCCCCAAGACUCGCCCGCGGAAGAAGUCGGCGCCGGAGACCCUGACGCUGCCCGCGCUGCGGGAACGCGCUGGCGCCGAGUGACGCCGGCGGUGCCGCUCCGUGCUGGACUGUGCCAGCUCCGCCGCCCACCCCGGCCCCGCCGACGGGCGCAGAGCCCAGGGAGGGACCCGCACCCGCUGUCAGGGCGCUGGCAGCCCUGGGGUGUGCUGGCCUCCCCGAGCCACCGUGGGUGCCCACACGGGUCGGUGCCACCACUGCCGUGCCAGUCCCGCUGGCUGCACCGGGAGGGGACGCCAGGCCAGCGCGGGUCCCCGGCAGCGUCGGGUGAUACCGCAGGAGCUGCUUCCCUCGACUCCACCUGCCCCGGUGUCCGCAAGGGCCACCGAGGCUGGCGAGCAGUGGGGAGGUGCCAGCUGGUGCCCGCUUGCCGCGGCCAGGCUGGAGCAGUGCCCUGCAGGGUAGGCACCAGCGUGGGGGCACAGUGAGGGUGACAGUGACAGCUGGGCGCGGGGCUGGGGCUCCCCACAGGACCCCCAGGGGCUGCACAGCCCCGUGCACGGCUGGCCCCGCAGUCGGGGUCCCCUUCGCUGUCCCUCCAGAGGCCGUGGCUGCUCGAGGGGGGCUGGGGUGGGCUGAGCCCCUCGUUUUCUUUAGGAAAACAAAGGCCUUUUUGGAAAUAAAGCUCGAGACACGGCA